AUGCUAGGACCAGUACAUUUUAAAUUCAUUUUUCUUAUAUCAAUACUUAUUUUUAUGGUUUCUAUUACUGGUUUAAUAAUACUUAUAACUAUUUGGCAUAUGAAAUUAACACCAUUUAAAGAUUAUGCACUUGUUGUUGAUGCUGGUUCAACACAUUCAAAAAUAUUUCUUUAUACAUGGCCUGCUGAUAAAUCUGAUGGUCUUGGUUUAACAUCUCGAAUAACUCAAGUUAAAGCUUGUGAUGUAGAUGGUGGACCUAUUACAUCAAUUGAAGAUCCAACAGUAACUAAUACUCAACAAUAUUUUCAAUCGGCUAUGUCCGAUUGUAUUAGUAAAAUACCAUUAACUCGUAAAAGUCGAACAUUUAUUUUUCUUGGUGGAACAGCUGGUCUUCGUUUAUUUGAAAUGCAAAAUCCAAUUUAUACUAAUAAUUUAUUAAAUAGUACACGUACUUAUUUUAAUAGUCUUGGUGUUCAUUUUACAGUACCAGAAUAUCAAGUUCGAAUAAUUAGUGGUAGUGAAGAAGGUUUAUCUGGUUGGAUAUCAACAAAUAUUCUUAUGGAUGAAUUAUUAAAAAAUAAUAAACCAUUAGAAACAUAUGGUGUAUCAGAUAUGGGAGGUGCUAGUACACAAAUAAGUUUUGUUUCUCCAAAUGCUAUAAAUGAUCGUUUUAAUAUGAAUCUUUUUAAUACAGAGUAUGAUAUAUAUUCACAUUCAUACUUAUGUUACGGAACUGAGCAGUUACGUCUUAUUUAUCUCGGUCAACUUGUGAACAAUGCAAAUGGAUCAUUGUUAAUCAAUGAACCAUGUUUACAGAAUGGUUAUGUUCAAAAUUUAACAUAUGAUAAACUAUUUAGUACACCUUGUGCUCGAGAUCAAUAUGCACCAUUACCAAGUCUUAAUAAAUCAUCAAUAUUCUCAUUCAUAGGAUCUGGAGAUUUUUCACUAUGUUCUGAUACUGUAAAAGAACAUUUAAAUAAAACAGGUUGUACAUCAACAACUUGUAGUUUUGAUAAUGUCUAUCAACCAGUACCAAUUCCAACAUCAACAAAAUUUAUUGCUAUUUCAGCAUGGUAUACAACAUUUAGUAGCUUAGCUCCAAAUAUUAGUUUAUCACCUAAUAAAGAUGGAAAUUAUGAUUUUAAUUCAGUUAAUUUUAGUCAAAUUAAAACAGCUAUUUCUUCCAUAUGUAAUCAACCAUGGUCAGAUAUACCAGAACCAAAUAAAUAUCGACCAUUUUUAUGUUUUAAUUCCAUGUAUCAUUGGACAUUACUUGAACAUGGUUAUUCAAUGCGUGAUGAAAAUUUAAAAAAUUUUCAUAUUGUAAAAUCAAUUAAUUCAAAUGAUAUUGGUUGGACAUUAGGUUAUAUGAUAAAUCAAACAAAUGCUAUUGAUCCUCAAUUUCGACCUAAACGUUUAAUAACUAAAAAUGAAUUUGGUGGUUUAUUAGCUUUAUGUUCGUUCUUUUUGAUUGUUAGUGCAAUUAUAUCUAUUAUUAUAGCAAUGAAAUAUUAUAAACAACGUCGAUAUAUACAAUGA